CAGCACUUGUUAUCGAUAAGCCAAAGGCCGUGCAACUCUGCUGUUUGGCAAAUUAUUCUAGAAUUUGUUUACGCGUGUAUUUCAUGUCAAUUUAUUUACAAAACAGCGACAAUAUGACAUCUGUACAUUGUCAACUAUGGAUGGGCAGCCUGGAAUCGUACAUGACGGAAAACUUCAUAAUUGCCGCAUUCCGCAAAAUGGGCGAAGAUCCCACAACGGUGCGUCUCAUGCGCAACAAAUACACUGGUGAGCCUGCUGGCUAUUGUUUCGUGAAUUUCAUAUCGGAUGAUCAUGCGCUGGAUGCCAUGCACAAGCUAAAUGGCAAACCCAUACCCGGCACAAAUCCCAUUGUCCGUUUUCGUCUGAACUCCGCCAGCAAUUCAUAUAAAUUGCCAGGUAAUGAGCGUGAAUUUAGCGUCUGGGUGGGCGAUCUCAGCUCAGACGUGGAUGACUAUUCGCUGUACAAGGUCUUCUCCAGCAAAUACACAUCGAUCAAAACGGCCAAGGUAAUACUGGACAGUCUGGGCUUCUCCAAGGGCUACGGCUUUGUGCGCUUUGGCAUCGAGGAUGAGCAAAAGUCGGCCUUAUACGACAUGAACGGCUAUGUUGGCCUGGGUACCAAACCCAUUAAGAUCUGUAAUGCAGUGCCCAAGCCAAAGGCUGAGCUGAGCGCCGCACUAGGAAAUGGUGGCAGUAGCUAUGGGUACGGCGGCCCCAGCACAACCUCAACGUCCUCGACUAGUGCUGGCGGCGCCGAUUACUCGCAAUAUUACGAUCCAACCAGCACCUAUUGGCAGGGCUAUAAUGCCUGGCAGGGCUAUUAUGAGCAGGGCGCUGCUCCUUCAAUUACGGAUGCUGCUGCCUACUAUCAGCAAGCCAUGUCCCAGUCACACUCGAAUCCGCAGACUCUCGCUCAGCAUGCGGAGGCUUGGAGCGCCCAGCGCAGCGCCCAAUAUGAGCAGCAGCAGCAACAACAGAGUGCACCGCUUAAUAGCGCUGCUGCAGCUGAGGAGGACUACGGUCUGGAGGAGCAUAAGUUUGUGCUGGACGUGGAGAAACUUAAUCGGGAGACAAUUGAUUCAGAUCGACAUCUCUAUGAUGCUUUAGAAAGCUCUAAAUGGCUGCCCAUAGAGCAAUUGGAGGUGUUUUAGGUUUUAGUUAUAAUAUUAAAUAUAAAAAAUUUUAAAUAU